AUGCCUUGGAUAAGUCCUGGGGGUAUUGCGUGGUGGUUUGCUUCGGCCACUGCGAUAGCCAGCUUUCACGGCGUCUCGGCAACUGCCAACGAAGCGGACGCUUUUCAGUCACAGUUGAAUCUCUGCCCGCUUUCAUGUUCCGACAAGAGUCCUGACCAAUGGAGUGUAUACUCCUCUUUCGAAAGGCUCUCGCAAUGCGACCAACCCGUGCUCUUUGACCUGGCAAUACACACUCCGAUCAACGACAAGACCAACUCUGUGCUGAUUCGUGCCUGUACGACCUCUUCAGUGGACGGGGUAUCUCAGCAUGAAUCAGGCGCUGCAAAGCAAGAACUGGAGGUGUGCGGCGGCACUUUUGUUGAAUCCAAAGUCCCGCUCAUUAUUUCGCAAAAUACUGGCAAUUCCACGACCCAAGCCGGAACCGGCGUGGUCACCAUACUCGACGAGCUCAAGGAAUACGCACGCAAGACUGUGGCUACCACUGGCUGUACCAAAGACAACAACAUUAUGCUAGGCUAUUUUGAUGGAGCGGUUGUUGCCAUCUACGCCGGAAAGGCACUGUCCUCAGCCACUAUCCCGUCCGUGGUUGAUCAUCUGCUUGAGGAGUAUAAGGAGCAGGGCUCGGUCCCGUCCGGUACGCUGGCACAGAUCUGCGACCAAAAUAGCGACAUGGAUCACACUGCCGGAGUGGCAGUGGCCCUUGAAGCAGAUAUUGGCAACGUUCAAUCGGCGCUGUUGUCUUGGAAUCGGGGCGAGUGUGCCAAGGACAAGUCCGGCACAAACUCCCGCGAGCUCGUCAUUAGCCAGAUUCCUCUCCCAGCGAUCAACGCCAAAGCUUCAAACUCAUCGUCGAUUGGGACACCCGCAGGAAAGCUCCAGGCUUUGGACAGCAAGGUUGACGGCAAAUACUGCAGCAUGAGGAAAAUUGCCGCUGGCGAUUCAUGUGCCUCCAUAGCAAAAGCUUGCAAGAUCUCCGUCACUGACUUCCUCAAGUACAACGGAGUCAAGGGGAAUGGAAACGACUGGUGCAAGAAACUGCAGGCGGGAAAGAAUAUCUGCUGUUCAUCUGGCGCAAGCAAGCCGCUCCCUGAGGCUAAUGGAGAGUGCUUUACCUAUGCAAUCAAAGCAGGAGACGACUGUUCAGCCAUUGGCAUGCCUUGGAAUCUGACACCAAAGGACAUCGAGGCCUUCAACCAGAAGAUCACCUGGGGAUGGAGAGGAUGCCCCAACUUGACUGUCGGUCUCAAGAUCUGCCUCAGCAAGGGGUCGCCGCCAAUGCCUGCGCCUGUGUCUAAUGCUGUGUGCGGUCCCCAAAAGCCCGGCACUGUCAAACCUGGGCAGGUCAAGGACGCGUUCGAGCUGGCGAAGCUCAACCCGUGUCCUCUCAACUCCUGCUGCAAUGUUUGGGGACAGUGUGGAAUCGACCCUCUCUUUUGCACAAAGGCAGAUGGACCGACGGGAAACCCCGGAACUGCGCCGGCUGGCUCCAAUGGAUGUAUCUCAAACUGUGGCACCGGUAUUGUCAACAAUGCCAAAUCUCCAUCUGGUGGGUUCCAGCGCAUCGGCUACUACGAAGCCUUCAACUGGGAGCGCCCUUGCCUGCACAUGGAAUCGAAGUUGGCCAAUACCGACAAGUAUACCCACAUGCACUGGGCAUUCGGCGAUAUCAAGAGUGACUUUUCGGUCUACAUCAAUGAUACACACCACCAGUGGGAUGGGUUCAUGGGCCUGAAGAACGUCAAGAAGAUCGUAUCAUUCGGCGGCUGGGGAUUUUCUACCGGUGUCGCGUCUUAUGAUGUCCUCCGCAAAGCCAUGACUCCCGAGAACCGAGAACGUUUUGUGUCUAAUCUCGUAGCUUUCGCUAAGAAAAUGGGCAUUGAUGGCAUUGAUAUUGACUGGGAAUAUCCUGGCGCACCUGAUAUCCCGGGCAUUCCCAAAGGGCUUCCCUCGGAUGGUCCGAACUAUCUUGAGACCCUUCGUGCCUUGAGAAAAGCUUUACCGACCAAAUACUCGCUCUCCAUUGCCGUCCCCGCCUCCUACUGGUAUCUGAGACCCUUUCCUAUCCGAGAAAUGUCAGAAUCUGUCGACUAUAUUGUCUACAUGACGUAUGAUCUUCAUGGCAACGGAAAUUGCUUAAGGAGCCACGUCAACCAGACAGAGGUCGUUUUGGCGCUCUCUAUGAUUACCAAAGCUGGCGUCAGUGCGAGCAAGGUCGUCGUUGGCGAAUCAAGCUACGGAAGAUCCUUCAAGAUGGCCAAAGCUGGGUGCACGGGGCCUCUAUGCAAGUUUACUGGUGCCAACGGCAAAUCAGAGGCAGCAGCGGGGAGGUGCACAAACGCACGAGGGUAUCUCGCUAAUGCUGAGAUCAACGAGAUCAUUUCCAAGUCCAAGGGACAUCCAAAGACAUGGUAUGACAAGGACUCAGCAUCAGAUUAUCUGGUCUACAACGAUGUUGAGUGGGUUGCCUACAUGUCCGAUAAGACGAAGGAAAGCCGCCGCGAGAAAUGGAAAGGGCUCAAUUUCCGCGGAACGGUUGACUGGGCGGUUGACCUCCAGGAGUUCAACGUGACGGACACCACCGGCCCGCACGGCGGAGAACAUAACAAUCAGACCGGUUGUAUCAACGUCUUUGACAACAUGAUCUGGGACUGGGUCAACCCUUCUAUCGAAGCAGGCAUCGGAUGCACCAAUAUUCUCCAGCCGUCACCUCUGCCGACCACGGUCACACUCACGGCAUAUACGACACUUACUCUUCAGUCGGGGACGAAGCUGAGCACCACAGUCGUAUCUGCACCGUUCUCCAUCUCAGAGGUCAGCUACCAGCCAUUUAUUAUUCACUACUCGGAUCUGCUUAGCAAAAGUGAUGGAGAACUGGUUACCUAUAACCCAACUCCCCAGAUAACACCAGACCCCAUUACGAUUCAAAUUCCCGACGGCUGGACUGUCACCGGAGGCCUCUCGCCGUCGCCCGGAUCGGGGCCCGGAUCCCGGCCUGGGUCGAGUUCGGGACCUGGAAAGGCAACCAGCACCACGUCGGACGAUGUGGCCGGCUACUUACUGCCGAUCACAUUUUAUCCCACCAUCAGCUACCGGAUUCCGUCAAUACUGACUCCCAAGCCCCCGGCUCCAACAAAGCUCCCUGCUGAUGACGACCACCCCAUCGAUACACCGAACCCUUCAGCUUCAUCUCAACGUCCGGGCGAUGGCCAGAAUUCAAGCGUUAGUCCAAAUCCCCAUAGUAACGGCCAAAAUCCCAGCAACACUCAGAAGCCUACUGGCAACGGCCCAGACCCAAGCAACACGAACAAUCCUCCCGCUUCAACUAAGCGCCCCGGGGAUGACCAGCAUCCAACGCCCACGCCUGCUCCUAGUGGCGACAUUGACUGCAAGGAUGAUUCAUGCACAAGGGGCCGGGACUGCGAGAGUGACGAUUGUCUGCGUGGAGGAGAUUGUGAGGGCGCAAACUGCGUGGAGGGCGGCAAGUGCCGAGGCAAAAGAUGUAUUAGCGGCGGCAACUGCAAAGGACCCAAAUGCAAGAUCGGAGGACCUUGUGAGGGCGAGCAAUGCGAGAAGGGGGGCGGAUGCGCCAAAACGCUCUUUGGAGACUGCGGUAGCGGAGGCUGUCAGGGGGCGCGUUGCUUCCCUAAGAAAGACUGCUUCGGCGCCCAAUGCGAGCGGCUCACGAUCAAGCCCCUUCCUAACCCCGACCCCAACAGCACCCCAGCAAUCCCUCCCAAGCCGACUUGUCUCCUGGACUGUCCGAAGCUCCCCGAUUGUCCUGACUGGGACCCGCUGUGCAAUCAGCCCUGUGGUUUUAAUGCUUGUCCUGCCCAUCGGAGGCCAACUGGCAAGGCCUGUACGUCGCUACAAACGGGUCGAGACUGCACUGAGUUCGUCAGUAGCACUCGGGUGAAGACGAAGCCAACCACCAGUUGGUCGACCACUACUCGAACACUCUGCGAGACUGUAGUCGAUUGCGAGGCUGCCGACGUCACCGCGACGACAACCAUCUCAACCACUGGCACAGCUGUGGCAGUCGUGACGCCGACGCUUGACCCUUUCUUCGGAGUAGACUAUGCAAAUGAGGACAUGUCGUCUAUCGAAGCCGAUCAAGAAUCGUACUUCUCCGCGCUCGAAACACCAAAGACGACGACGACUUCGGCCGAGCCUACCUCGACGGAGAUUGCUCCUACGGAAACCACUACGGACGGGCCUACCUCGACAGUUGGGCCAAAUGACCUGGUAUGCGGAUAUGCCUUCUACGUCGCGUUCAUGCGAUUUGAUAUCACCAAGCUAGUCGGCGAUUGGGUUUGGGAUGACGAGGGCGAAAAGCUCAAGCACGAGCUCAAGGGUUGUGGUGCCCUUACUGGGUGGGAAUGGUUCAAGCGAGAUGAUAACUCGCGAGAGGUUCGGUUCAAUCUUCCACUCUUCCUCACAGGGGGAUGCGUAGAGAGCGCGAUAAAGAGUGCAGGCGGUCCCAAGAUCUCAUGCAUCUCUGCUACCUAA